CCACCCCGUGCCCUCCGCAUCCUCAUAACAGCUGCGGGGCAGCCGGGCGCGGCGGGGAUUAGGCGGUGAGAGCCCGGAGGGAGUGCUCCCGAGGACCGGCCCGGGCGACCCGCGCCCGCCAAGCAGCCACAGCGAGGCCAGCCGGCUGGGGCGACGGGGGCCCGGAGCGCACGACGCGCACUUCCCCUGCGUGCGGGGCGGGCAGCGGGUGGCGGGUCCUAGCCGCGCUCUGGGCCGCCCGGCGCCAUGAACCGCAGCCGCUCCAGCACCCCCGACAAGGCCGGGACAGCCACGCUUUGGGGCUGUGAGUUAAACCAGGAGAAGCGGACCUGGACCUUCAAGCCGCAGAAGGAGGGCAAGCAGGACUGUAAGGUGUUGCUCAAUACGAUUUGCCUGGGGGAGAAAGUCAAAGAGGAGAUGAACCUCGUGGAGAUCCUGCCCCCAGCGAGCCAGGAGGACAAGAGGACGAAGCCCAUCAUCGUCGCCUCGCUGCAGGCCUCUGUGCUGCCCAUGGUCAUGAUGGGCCUGGAGCUCUCUCCUCCAGUCACUUUUCAGCUGCGGGCUGGCUUGGGACCCGUGUUCCUCAGUGGCCAGGAAUGUUACGAAAUUCCAGAACUCUCCUGGGAGGAAGAGGAGGAGGAAGAGGAGCAGCAGUCAGAGGAAGAUGAUGACGAUGACGACGAUGAUGAUGAAGAGGUGUCCCUAGAGGAGACCCCUGUCAAAAAAGGCAAGAGGCUGGCAUCCCAGAAGCAGACAAGCGUUGCCAAGAAAAAAAAAGUGGAAAAAGAAGAGGAGGCGGCAAGGUAAUUCUUUCCAUCUCUUAACUUGGCCGAACUCUUUGGGCAAAGUAUACAGUGCUAGAAAGGGCCUUGGUGCCGGGUGUGCGUACGCGCGUGCGUGUGUAUAAGUCCGAGGGCACACGGCGUCUUCCGCAGGAGGUUGGCACCACCUUUUUGAGAAGCAUGAAACCGUGCUUAUAAUCUGACCUAGUUCCCCUUGUGGCAAUGCCUUUCCAAGGACUCCGUCCAGAAUAAGGGGAGCACUAUGUGCGCUGAGAAACCCCUCGCUGGUGAUUGAACCACGAGUGGGAGCGGGGCGUUCUGAAUGCUGCCGCAGCACAGGUUCCGCUGCGGAGCGUUUUCCCAGUGGCUGCUGCGUGUGCCUGUGAAGAAGAUAGCGACCUGGGACGUGUUGAUAGAAUUAACAAGGGCAGGAUAUUAAGUCGCUUUCAUUUUAUUUCACAUACUAGUAUGUUUAGGAGGAAGAAAAAAAAAACCCCCGAGAGGAAAUACACCGAAAUGUUAAUGUUGGUGGGAGGUAAACAACAUAAGUAGUUUAUUCUGUUCUUUAUUUGCUAUUUUGUGCAAUAUGGUUACCAUUACUUUUAUAAUGAAAGGGACAUGUCUGUGGUAAGUAAAAGAAAGAGAGCAGAUGGAAGCCUAAGAAAAAGCAUCUUUGUUAAAAAAAAAAAAGUGUGGGGGGGAUCAGAGUGGCCCCUGGAGGGUGACAGGUGGA